GGAAAGGGGCGGGGAGAACGGAGGCCGGGAAGGCAAUUCGCRGACGGCUGGGCGCAGGGGCGCAGUUUACUACCCUAUUUUGGGCUGGGGUCUGGCGUGCGUGUUGCGCACCGCCUUCCUAUCCUUUCCGCGACUGAAGGUCGCGGAUCGCAGCCUCUAUUUGGGUUGCUCCGCAUACCCUUGAGUGGGCUGGCGGAGCGGGCCGCGCGCCCGGAAGGCACUGUGGAGCGCAGAGGGUAGGCGCGGUAGAGCUGSCGGAGGGGGCGGUGGAGGGUGCACAGCAUGGCUGAAAACCGAGAGCCCCGCGGGGCAGUCGACGCUGAGCUGGACCCGGUGGAGUACACCCUUCGGAAAAGGCUUCCCCACCGCCUGCCCCGGAGGCCCAAUGACAUUUAUGUCAACAUGAAGACUGACUUUAAGGCCCAGCUGGCCCGCUGCCAGAAGCUUCUGGACGGAGGGACACGGGGUCAGAAUGCAUGCACUGAGAUCUACAUUCACGGCUUGGGACUGGCCAUCAACCGUGCCAUCAACAUUGCCCUGCAGCUGCAGGCAGGCAGCUUCGGGUCCUUGCAGGUGGCUGCCAAUACCUCCACUGUGGAGCUUGUGGAUGAACUGGAACCAGAAACUGACACCAGAGAGCCACUGACCCGAAUCCGCAACAACUCGGCCAUCCACAUCCGAGUCUUCAGGGUCACGCCCAAGUAAUCGAAAUGAAGCUGCCCCCCCUUAUUACCCCCCUUCCCCCACCACCUCAGGUAGGCCCGGAUGUGGCUGUCUUGACUUGGCUCUUUCACUGAUGACUGCCAGAACUUGAGAACAGACCUGUUAAGCCGGGGUGGUAGAACACUCAUCCCAGAGACUGAGGCUGAGGCAGGAGGAUUCAAAGUUCAAAGCCAGCCUCACCUACUUAGGCCCCGUCUCAAAAGAAAAAGGGCUGAGAUGUGGCUCAGUGGUUAAGCACCCCUGGUUUCAGUCCCUGGUGCCAAAAGAAAGGCCUGUUCCCUCAGCUCAAGGACUCUGAAUUGAGGGCAGGGAGGUGUAUUGUCUCUUGUUGGGCCCCAACAGUGGAUCUUUCUUGUCCUGUACAAUAAAAACUACAAGUUGU